AUGGGCGGGAUUGGCAAAACAACACUUGCCAAAAUCAUCUUCAACCAACUGUCUUCUCACUUCCGAGGCUGCAAUUUCCUUUCCGACAUCGGAGAGUCAUCACGACGUCAUGGUCUGGUACAUUUGCAAAAACAGUUACUAUCCAAGUUCCUCGAUUCUCAUUCUAACCUCGACCAAAUUCACGACGUGGAUGAUGGGAUCGACAUGAUUAAGAGAGUACUUUGCAAUAAAAAAGUUCUCAUUGUUCUUGACGACGUGGAUGAGAAAGAGCAACUCAAAAGAUUAGCAGAAAAGGGCAAUUGGUUUGGUUCCGGUAGUAGAAUUAUCAUAACUACUAGGGACCAAAGUGUCCUAAUGAUUGAGGGAGAAGCAACAGAUGAAGGCCCUGUAAAAAAGUUUGCAAAUGUUUGGACUUACGAAGCACAUGCAAUGGAAUUUGAUCAUGCUCUUAAGCUUUUUAGUAGGCAUGCUUUUAGAAGAGACUCUCCACCAUACCAUUAUGCCUCCCUUUCAAAAGCAAUUGUCACUACUUUGGGAAAGCUUCCAUUGGCUCUUGAGAUUACAGGUUCAUCCCUUAACGGUAAAUCCGAAAAAAUAUGGGUAGACACAUUGAAGAAGCUAGAAGAAGCUCCUCCCAUGGGAGUCCAAAAAAAAUUGAUGGUAUCUUAUGAAAGGUUAGAUCAUGCACAAAAGCAAGUAUUUCUAGAUAUAGCUUGUUUUUUUGUUGGUCGGGACAAAACAUACCCUCUGUACAUGUGGGAUGAAUGUGGAUAUCACCCCCACGAUUCCCUUGAAGUCCUCUCUCUCAUGUCCUUGAUAAAAAUCAAAGACAACAAUACUUUCUGGAUGCAUGAUCAAGUGCAGGACCUCGGAAAGGAGAUUGUCCGUCAAGAGAAUUUCAACGAUCCCCGCAAGCGUAGCAGAGUGUGGAAUCAUAUGGAAGCCCUGAGCAUUCUGCAGCUGAAAGAGGGAAGUCGGAAAAUAGAAGCACUAUCUGUAGGAUAUCAUGGAAAUGAAGACGUUAUUCUAAAGCAUGAUGAAUUUGCUAAUUUGCGGAACCUGAGAUGGAUUUCUUGGCAAAGUUGCCCUCCCAAGUUUGAGGCAACAAACUUUCAUCUGACUAAUUUAGUCAUUCUUGACCUUUCACGGGGCCAUAUUUCUGAGGAAUGGAUUGGCUGGAACCAAAUCAAAGAGGCCAGAAAACUAAAAGUACUAGAUCUCAGCUACUGCUACCACUUAAGGAGAACACCUGAUUUAUCUACGUGGGUAUCCUUGGAGAGAUUGGUUUUUAAAGGUUGUUCCAACUUAAUUGAAAUUAACUCGUCCAUUGGUAAAUUAAAGCUCCUAACUUCUUUGAACUUGGGGGGAUGUCAGUCUCUUCGAGAGUUGCCUAAAGAAAUAGGAAGUCUACAAGCUUUGAUAGAGAUUGUCAUGCCUAAUACGCUACAUGAACUUCCGGAGACGUUUGGUAAUUUGCAGUCACUGUUGACCCUCGAUGUAUCAUAUAGGCAGAUCAACAAAUUGACAUACUCGAUUGGAGAGCUGGUGAAACUUACGCGGUUGGAUUUAUCUAGCAUAUACAUAAAGGAACUUCCAGAUUCGAUUGGGAAAUUACAAUCAUUAGUUGAGUUGGAUUUGUCGCGGACGAGAAUUUGUCACCUACCCGAUUCAAUCGGCAAUCUAAAGCAACUAAAGGUACUAAGGAUGAGAGGCAUAAGAGGGUUAACAAAAUUGCCAAGUGCGAUUGGGCUGGUGGAGAAGCUCGAAGAGUUAGAUGCAAGUGGCUGUUACAAUUUGAAAGGUGAAAUCUCCGAAGAAAUUGGGAGACUGUCCCGUUUGAGGAUCCUAGACUUGUCAGACACACGUAUAUUCGGAUUACCCAUCACGGUGAGUCACCUCUCUAAUCUCCAAAUACUUAAGCUAGAAGAAUGUCCUGAGCUGAAACAAUUGCCGGAGCUUCCCCCAAGUUUGACUUGGCUGAUAUGGAGCACUUCUGGUGUCUGGUGUUCCCCCACGAUAGCCUUCAUCGGUGGCGCUAGAAUUGGUGCCCUAUCUCAACAGGGAACACUUGUCACCACUCUUCCCACUAGCAUCAGUACCCUAUCUCAGCUUAAAUCACUAUCAUUGUCCUGCAAAAACGUGCAAUUCCUCCCCCGGCUCCCGUCUAGUUUAAGAGAGUUACGACUUCAAGAUCUGGCGACCACACGAUCACCGGAUUUUUCCAAUUUGCAAAACUUGUCAUUCUUGGAAUUCUAUGAAUGUUCGCUAAAACUCUCGAGUAUAUUUGAUGCGGAGUCGGAGGAACUCCGUGUGGAGCUCUGUAAGCUUAGAAAAGAGGACUCACCGUUGCAGCCGGAAAUGAAAAGAUUGAGAUUAUUAAAGAUGGAUGCUUGUGCGUUCCUUCCAGAAGUACUUGAUCUGUCGCGCAUGAAGAAUCUAUCCGAGGUAAGUCUGACACGUUGCCGUUCAUUAGUCGAGAUUCGUGGCCUUGAAGAAUUGGGAUCCCUUGGCUCCCUAUCAGUUGCCUUUUGCCGUUCCAUGGAGAGGAUGUCAGACCUAUCGAAAUUGAAAGAGCUACGGAAGCUCGAGGUAACAAAUUGUUGGAACCUAAAAAGCGUACAAGGUCUAAACCACUUGGGACCUUUAAAGGAGCGGAGAAUGUUUGGUAAUGGAGAGUUUGGAGGUGAUACCUCAAACGCUGCCGCCGCGUCCGCCGUCAUGCACAAAAUUCCCAUUGGCGGCUCCGAUUCCUAGAUUCGCUGCAUUCUUUGGCGGGUCGCCGCGGCCUCCACCCUUGCUUCCGCCUCCGCCAUCGCCUCUGGGAGCCCCAUCGGCAGCUAGUUGGAAUAUGGCAACACCAAGUUUCGCACCAUAACUUGCAAGUGGUAAUUCUAAAUUGCACACCAAAUGCUUGCGCAAUUGCCUCUUUCCCUGUUCGAAUCUGGAUAUGAAGUUUUGUUACAGUGGUUUGAUGGGUGAAGUUUCUGGUGUUGAGCUAAAUGGGCAUACUGUGCGAAUGGACAUCUUAGUUUUGAUUUGGUGUGCAAACGGUGGUAAAAACCCCACAUUUCAAGAGAAGUUUGUGUUCACGCUCGUUGAAGGGCAUAGGGAGUUGAAUCUUGCGGUGUGGAACGGCAAUAUCCUCACUUUGGGCAUCUAAAGUAAUGGAGUCUUUACAUAUUCCCAAGGGUGUGAGAUGGGUGUUGUUAAGAACCCUACAUACUGCCAGAUGGCUUAUGUACAAAAAAGAGUUCGACACGAGCCAUGUGGAAUUCGUGAGAGAUGGAGCAAAAUGGUUGGUAGAGAACAUAGAAAUUAAACUUGGUAGGAUUCGUCCCUUUUUCCUAUUCUGAUGCAAUCUUAGUGAGAAAGCUCUUUUUCUCUUUUCUUUUUUUCUUUUUUGUUUGUGUGUGUUUGGUGGUUUGCUUCAUUUUCAUCUUAUCGUCACCUUUUACCAAGACUCACUGAUUUAUAGUGCACUUCAUGAUGUUUCCUAAUCGUGACCCACAAACCAUGUUAGGAUAUAUUUCUGUUAGGUAGCUACCUUUUCUUUUACCACCAAUUUUUACUUGCAGCUUCACUACAAGCAAAUGUUAUUUUUCUUAGGCAUGGCAACAAAAGCAUACUUUCAUCUUAUUUGAUUUUCUCCUUGAUGACUCAUGAGUCGCAGUAUGGUGCUAUAAUAACUGUCAACAUGAACACAUGAUAUUUAGUUGAUCUCUAAAGGCAUUGGUGUGUAAGAAAAUGCUCAAGCAUAUGUUGCUAUCAAGCUUUUGAGCACUAUGCAGGUUCGUUUUUUGUUAAACCUACCUCUUGAGAAAUAGUGCAACUUGAUCAUCUAUUUUUCUUCUUCUUCUGCAACUUGUAGAUUAUUACAUGUUUGAGAUUGAGAUGCAAUCUUGCAUGACGCAGUCUGUGCUAUUCAAUGCAUGAAUUGAUUACCUGUCUGUUACCGCAUAUGAUGAUUUGAUUGCAUUCCAUCUUAUCUUCCUUGAAAGCUGGGUAAGAAAUUGAUUUGACGUAUGACAAACUUCCCCAUCAAAAUUAAGAAUGACCAUGUUGCAUUGCUGAAUUGCCUGGAUUUCACAUCGCUGCAUUCUCAUAUGAAGUCUAGGCUCAAGAAAUUGACACUACGGUAAAGCUACAAGAAAUUGUUCUUGUUGAGAGCUUGAAACUCGAAGAUGUACCCGUGGGAGUGUAUACAGUCCAUGUCUGCCUUUGAGAUUGCUUGGUGCAAAA